GACACUUUCGAGCCGUUCGCACAGCAAUGUGAAAAUAAUUCUGGUUACCAUUUUAUGUAAAAGCCCGCCUAACGCCUUAAUUAAAUUCACUUCGACGACCUUCUAUCAUUUGAAUCAAGUUAAACUAUAAAAACAUGGCAGAAACGCAGCAGAAUAAUGAGGUCAAUGUGAAAAUUGGAAUUAUCAAAAAAUUGUGGCAACUUCGAAAGCACCUCCUUCUCGAACCAUUGCUUGUGUGUGCGAUUUUACCACUUGGAAUGUUGAGUGUAACGAAUCUCAAUUUUAAUUUGGAUAAAGCGUGUCGGGUUAACUUAGGAUAUGAUACUGCCAUUUGUGAAAGUAUGCUUGAAAAGCAGUUGAAUAAUAUUAAUUGCAAUGGCAUCGAGUUUGGGAAUACGCCCGAUGCGUUGCAGGCAUACAAAACCAAUGAAGACGGUGUUUUGAUCCUGGAUCUCAACUAUACAGUUUGCAAAGCUGAAAUGGAAAGCCAAAAAGAAGUUACAAAUAUCAAUGCCAUUCGAGAACCAAUUGCAUCAAUAUUUCCCAUUAUUGUGAUAUUAUUCGCUGGUGGAUGGAGUGAUCGAAGUGGUCUCAGGAAACCAUGUAUGGUCUUCCCCGUGAUAGGAGAAAUUAUAUCUUUAUCAGCUCACAUUAUAUCUUCAAUCUGGAUGAACACUAUACCAAUGGAAGUUUGUGCCGUUAUCGAAAAAGUAGUACCAUCGAUGUUUGGUGGGCAAACAUUACUGACGAUAGGCGUUCUCAGCUACAUAACAGAAACAACUACGGAGGAAAAUCGAGCUUUUCGAUUUGGUGUUUUCACAGUUAUCGUUAACAUCACGUUGCUGAUUGGAAUAUCACUAAGCGGAGUAAUGUACAACUUGCUGGGUUAUCUAAAUAUCUAUAUUCUUGCUAGCACCAUUUUUUUGGCCGCUGUAGCAUAUUUACUAUUUUUUAUUCCGGAAAUUAAAUCCAAACAGGCGGCAGAGUCGUACCCAUAUAACGUAUCUGACGAAUGGUUUGAUAUGCCAAUGGAAACAACCAAGAGCUUCUAUAGCCUUGAGCCUAACAAAAAGAAGCGAAACAUUUUUGUGGACUUCUUCGACCCUACAUCAGCCUAUGACUGCUUCGAGGUUGUUUUUAGAAAACGCGAAUUCAAUGGCCGCCUCUUGUUAAUAUUAUUUGUCAUAUUAUCGCUAUUGAUUUCAGCGCCCAAUGACAAAGAUUAUGUCUACAUGUUCACUAUGAAGAACCUGAUGUGGAAUGGAGAUAUGUACAGCAUGUAUCUAACUUUCAGCAUGAUGAUAAAUUUGGCUGGUACUGUGAUAAUGACUUUGUUAUUCAUCAAGGUAUUCAAAAUGAGCAACGCCUUCGCCGGAUUCUGUGCCUCAUUUCUAUCAAUCAUUUCAAACUUAGCGACAGCAUUCUCAACCACUACAGCCGCGUUUUACAUUGCACAAGUGAUCAACAUGUUUGCAUUCUGCAAAGAAAUUAUGAUUAAUGCAAUCAUUUCCUCGUGUAUUACUAAAGAGGAAAUCGGACGCGUGUAUUCAGUCCAAGGAAUUAUAAAGGCAGUUUGUGGAUUCCUGCUUCCAUUACUGUAUGCUCGCAUCUAUUCCACUACUAUGGAAAAGGCUCCUGGCUCCAUAUUCCUCUUUUCUGAAGUCUUCAUUGUACCUGCAACAAUUUUGUUUCUAGUGAUCUACGUACUGAUAAAGCGGCAAAAUAGACUUAUAAAGAAGUCCAAAAACGAAUCUGAACAAACCAGUGUUUGCGAGGCUGAUCCUGAUAUCGAAGUCACGCGAUUUUAGAAGUUUGUUAUAAAUAUUAUUUUGUUUGUAAGCAAAAGGAAAUGUAACCACAGGUGAUAUUGAAUGUUUGAUAACGAAGAAUAAUAUAGACGAAAA